AUGACUAAAGAGGAAAUCAACUAUUCUACUUCUAAUCUACACGAUGGUCCAUCUUAUUUCAAACCACUUGUCGAUAAGAUUGAACCAUUUCAAUGUAAAUUGAAGAAUUCUGAUACUAUUGCUACUGCAUUCCCAGUAUUUCAUCAUUCUCAAAUCCCAAAUUCACUUGUUGAAUUCUUACAAGAUGCGUUCAAUAAGGAAAUUGAGAGAGGUGAUACUUAUCCUCAGGACAAACCUCUCUCAAAGGAUGAGUUCUUAGAAUAUUGGUUUCAUUCCUUUACUGUCAUCUUCUUGGAGACUGAUAAAUUAAUCAUCCCCGGUAAUAUUACUAAAUCAGAAGAUUGGUCUAAAUUGGUUCUAGGAACUUUCUACAUUAAACCAAAUUAUAUGCCACGUUGUUCUCAGAAUUGUAAUGCAGGUUUCCUCGUCAAUUACAAUCAUAGAAGUAAAAGAAUUGGUCACAGAUUAGGUCAAAUCUAUUUAAAAUGGGCUCCUUUAUUAGGUUACAAGUAUUCCGUCUACAAUUUAGUCUUUGUUACUAAUGUUGCGAGUACAAGAAUUUGGGACCAUUUAAAGUUCGAUAGAAUAGGUUUAGUUCCAAAGGCAGGUAUCUUAAAAGGUCACGAUGAACCUAUUGAUGCUAUCAUAUUUGGGAAAGAUCUAACAAAUAUUGAACCAGAGCUCUUUGAUGAUCUAGUUCAAGUUUGA